CCGCCCCGGCAGCCUGCAGGCGCCGGGGGGCGCCGGUUGUCGGGUACCUGGGGCGGGGGGUGUAAAGGUCCGGGGGCUUUUCCUGGAGGGGGCGGAGAGGGGUCUGGGGAGGGGCUCCCACAGCGAGGCCGCGGCUUAGGGCGCCCUGCGGGUUACUGCCGUUUCCAUUAACCUUUUGGCAUUUAUCCCGCGAUCGACAUCUUCCUUGCAGGAAGCAAGGCUUUUGGGCCUGUAACACUCAGUUAAGGUUGGAAAGAUGGGAAAUGCAGAAAGCAAUGCCUAUCGGAACCACCUUUCCAGAUUUCUUCCUGAGGAGCAGUCUGACAUUGAUGGAGUAUUCGAUACCUUAUCGGGAUCAAGUGGCUCAUCAGCAGCAAAAAAUGGAAAAGCUACAAAGAAAACUGUGACUCUGGGAGCGCUACAGGCGUAUAUGCGAGAACCACUACCAGAGCAAAUGACUGUUCGGUUGUACAAUGGAAUGAAAAGUAUUGACCUGACUGGGAAAUCGUCUGAGCUGAGCGAACAGAUUGCUAAGGAGCAGUUUGUAAUUUUUAUGUCAAACCUCUUAAAAGGGAAUGCAGAUGAGAAGAUUACCAUAAUAAUGAGAAUGAUCUCCACGACAGAAGGUCCUGUGAAGGGCAAGCAAAUCCAAGAGUUCACAGAGGAUCUGAUCAUGUCUGUGGUCCAUGUACUGAGCUACAGGAAGGAACUGAAAGGUUGGAAUUUGGAGAACACGAGGGAUUCUGCAGGUGGAAUAAAGGCUCUGGCUUCUCAGCUGCUGUCAGAAUUGAAGCUUGCAGAUGGGGCAAAACCGGUGGGUCCUCAGCUAAUGGAGAUGAAUUUUGAUCAAAGUGUCAUUGAGGAUUGGGUGUACCGAGUUCCACACAUCUCAACUUUUCUCAGUGUUGUUAUCAGGCAAGGCCUCCAUGUUCUGCACUCUCUCCCAGACCAAACCAAAGAAAUAGUCAACUUGGUUCCAGGCUGCAAAGGCAUCAAAGGAAGAGGACUUGUCAGUCUCUUUGACAUCCCAUCCAUCAUAUACAUCAACUCCCAUUUGCCAGCAGAGCUACAGCACAAGUGGCGGCUUUUGUUUUCUUCCAGACUUCACGGAGAAAGCUUUUCACAGCUUUGUGGGCAUAUAGUGAACAAAGGUCCCUGCAUAGUGAUCUUAAGGGACUUAGAUGGCUAUAUCUUUGGUGGGUUUGCAUCUCACUCCUGGGAAGUGAAACCACAGUUUCAAGGUGACAACAGAUGCUUUCUGUUCUCUGUUUCCCCCUCUCUCGCUGUAUAUACAUACACAGGAUACAACGACCACUACAUGUAUUUGAACCAUAGCCAACAAACAAUGCCAAAUGGACUAGGUAUGGGUGGACAACACGAUUACUUCGGCCUCUGGAUAGACAGUGACUACGGGAAAGGACACAGUAAAGCCAAACCUCGAUGUACCACCUACAAUAGCCCUCAGCUGUCAGCUAAAGAGAAUUUUACACUGGAUGCCCUGGAAGUUUGGGCAGUGGGAGACUUGCCUGAAAGUACAGAGACAAAAGGUAAGAAGAGUAUCUUGGAUGUGGAUCCCGAGGCCCAGGCAUUAUUAGAAAUGACUGGAAAAAGUCGGCAGAGCGAAGGUUUACGAGAACCCGUUGAGGAUGACGAAGAUAACUAAAAGAUUCACAGUAACAUGAAACCCACUUUUUUUUUUUUGCUCCUGAAUUUUCAUGUUCUUUGGACAGGAUGUUCUUCCUCUUUCGUUAUUUUUCCUUACAUUUACCUAAUUAUCUGGGACUAAGCAUAAGUCUCGUACUUAUGUAACAUUUAGGUCCAGUACAAUAUCCUGCCUGAAGGGUUUAGCCUGGGGAAGACAGAAAAAUUAACUAGGUAUUUAAAAGAUAUCUAAUGACUAAGUUCUAGCUGAAUGUGAACUUGCUAGCAUUUCUGAUAGAUCCUGCCUGCAUAUAGAGUUUAAAAACCAAAGAAUAGCUUAUUGACAGUACUGCUUAUUGACUUGGAGAAUUAAUGUGUAUUUACAUAAAGACUAGCUAAUACUUUGAUUAAGGCUCUUAACACCUCGACUACACGUAUUUAUUUGCAUGCAAUGAAAUUAGGUGGUGAAGCUUGCAAAUUGUAAUUGUAUCUUACAUCGGCAAACAUAGAAUAGUCCUCAUGAUUCCGUAUGAAGAAUGCUGUUAAUUUGCAUUGCUGCAAUUAAAGCAGUGAAUCACAGUUUUUUCUAAGUCAGAUUUUAAGCAAGUGACUCUAUGGGCUGUAAGGUGCAGGAUGCUAAGUAUACGGCAUAGAGUUUUAUGGUAAUACACUACAGUUAAGUAAAGCUCACUUAAUAUGUUUCUGGAGAAAUUUGCCUAUGGUUUUUUAAACUUAGGAGAACAAAGCCAUUGGAGUCACUGAGACAUAUUUAUUCUGAGAAUGGGCCAACCCUGUGCUCCCAGAACAAACAUACCUCAAGCAGAAAUUCUCAAGGGGAGGUGCCUUCUUUAGUAGAUUUGCUUGAGACUGGAGAAAAAGAUGAGGCUGUAAAAAGGAUUAAGGAAGAAGCAUCCACAGGUAAUUGGGAUUAGUAUCUGCAGAUAGCUUGUAAAUAAAUAAAAUUUUAAAAAUCAGGCUUAUGCCUUUAACUUCUCUGAAGACUGCUGCACAUUUUAUUUCCACAUAAUUGUCACUGUAUUAUGAAAAAAAGUGCAAAACAUAACUAGCAGGUUGGCUUUUUUUCUCUGUUUUGUUGCCAAGACCAGUUUUGUGAACUCUCCGCUCAGGGCUUUUUGUACUUAAAUCUAUUCACAUGCUUUUUAGUUUGACCUUGCUAAUUCUCUCUGUAAUUAACUUGUCAAAAAUAACUCUCAUUUCUAUCAGGGACUGUCAUUUCUAGCUUAGCAAAUUGUGUUUGGUUAUAAGUAUGUGUGAUGGUCAGCCUUCCUCUUCCUAAGUAAAAGGACUGUGUCAGUUCCUCUUUGUACUAGCAUGAGUUUGUUGUAGAAAAAGUUUGAUUUCCAUGCAUCAUAGAGUAAAACAUAUGCUGUAAAUCUGUAUUAUUGCUACAAUUCCUGAUCAUAUGAUCCUCCUUCAAAUGCUUUCCAUUAACAUUUUCUUGUAUGUGGUCUUUUCCCCCCUCUGAAGCUUUUUACAGGGAACCACUUUUGAAUAUUCUGAAUAAUCUGUUCUUGUGCCUUAAUAUAGAUCCCACUUUUGUUGUUGUUAUAGUUAAACAAUAUGAAUUAGCCUUGAGAGGAGAACAUGAAGCAAUCUCUGCAGCCACACAUUCUGGAACUCAGCUUAGCAUUUAACGUGCUGCUUGCAGUAACGAUCAGAGCAUAUAUGCUGUGAAAGGCCUGAGCUUACUGCUUUUAUGUUGUGGCUAAUAAAUAAACAAGAUAGUUUCCCAAGUUUGUAGCAGUUAGGGAAGGAAAAAAAAAAAAAGUAAGCCUUAGAGUUAUACUGAUCCUUUCUGUAAUUUUCUUCCUGUACUUUUAUAAGAAUCUUAAAUAGCAUACAGUAGAAAAUACUGUAUAGGCAGCUACUAAAUACAUGAUGCUUUCUGCAAGUGUGGCGAUGCUGGCUUUGUUUUAACAUGGUAUUGUCAGACUCCCACCAUAAGCCUCAGAAGUAUUCUUUGUCUUAGGCAAUGGCUAAGCUUACUAAAUACUGCUGAAGUGGAUGGCGUGUAGAAAUGAGACAGUUGAACUUCUGCAAUUACAUGUUAAGCAAACUGCUAACUUUUCUUUUUGUCCAGUAAUGAGGCAGACACUUUUCCUUGAGGACUGAAACCAUUUGCAAGGAUAUUUAAAAAAAACAGCAAGAAGACAUCUUUGCAAUCAGUAACUGGGGAGGGUGAAUUGCACAAAGCCUACUCUACACCAAAAGUAUUACACUGGCUGGGUUUUCUUUGAUUUAAAGUAAGUGACAGUCUAGCUGGUUCUUUCUAGACUAUGAAUCAAAAGUAUAAUCCUGUUUAAAUAUCAUCUUGUGAUUGCAUAGCAUUUUGACCUCUGAAAUUGUGUUUUAUGACAAGCUUGUAUCUGAGACUCUUAUCUUCACUUUAAAGUGAAGGUGUUAUGCUAGGGCAAGAAGGAAACUGACACUCUGGUAAUUGAAGCAGAUGUCAGUGAAGCACUAUUUAGUAGGAAACUCCUGAUCCAAGCAGCAGAUGGGAUUAUUCAAGAUUGGCUUGGAAGAGAGUCAACUUUUAUUUUUUUUUCUCUCCCCCACCCCCCAGAACCUAAUGAUUAAGCAAUCUGUGCUUCAUGUUCCUGCAUCAACAAAUGUCCAGAAAGUGGCUGUCAGCAGUGAGUUUAGCUAUGAUCUCCCACUCACUUUUAUGCAGCUGUUGAUCCAACUGCAAAGCUUAAUAUUCCUGCAAGUAUGCAAGUCAUCUUCAUUCUCAUGUGCUUGUGAGAGUGAGUCCCUUCCCCAUUAACUCUGUCUGCCACUGUGCAGCAGAUCAGCCGUCUACUUUUGCCCCUGUGUGACCAGUAGGAGUAAAAAAUGACUGGUUUUCAGCAAAGGCUGACAGGAGUGCUAGCACUUCAGAUCUCUACGGUUCGUUUGAAAUCUCAUACCAGAUUCCUUGAGAGUCUGUUAAAGCAAAGCUAGGUAUCACGGACUCUAGAAACAUUGUAGAUUGCCUGUAGGAAAAGAAGUGCUCGCGAAGGCAGUUCUUUUCCAUUAAUCUAAUUUAAAAUAAAAGGAUGGGUCUAAAUCAAGAGUCUUGUUCAGAUACGUGAAUGUAACGUUUUAAAACAUAGAUUUUUAUUAAUAAAAAUCGUUGUGAUUUAAAUAAAUAAAAAUUCAAUUUA